AUGCUGCGUGGCAACCUGAGGGGGCUGUUUGAGGGGCACCACAUUGGCAUCAUCACCGGUCUGUUGACCUGGGACCUGACCCGCCCACCAUCACACGUGCGUGCUGUGCUGUGGUCUGUGGACCUGAAACCUGACCCGCCCACCAUCACACGUGCGUGUGAGCUGACCCCCCCCCCCACCGCUAGUGGAGCAGCAGACAAGGGAGCAGCAGAGGACGGAGUAGCAGACGAGGUGAUAGCAGAGGUGGCAGUGGAGUGGGUGGAGGGGCGAGUGCAGCAACGCAGCAUGAGGCUGCGAGUGCAGACGGCCAUGAGUCCAGAUGUGGACGUGCAAGUGAACAGCAUCGCUGCUGCUGCCACGCUCAAGCUCACCCUCACGCCGCUGCUGCCCCGCCUCCCUGGGUUCGGCGCCGUGCUGCUCUCGCUGCUCAACCAGCCUUUUUUUGACUUCAAGGUGUCCGUGAUGGGAGGUAAUCUCAAGGCCAUGCCAGGAUUUGAAAAGAUGAUCGAGACGGUGCUGCGGCUGUCGGUAGACGAUUCCCUCGUGUGGCCCUCGCGUUGGGUGUACCCUGUCGUCGAGGGUGACUUCAGUUACCUGGAGCUCACACCAGUGGGGUACCUAGACGUGUCACUGAUAGAGGCGGAGGGGCUCCCCAAGACAGAUGUGCUGACAGGGGCUGCUGACCCGUUUGUGCUGCUGUACGUGCGGCAGAGGGAGGGGGGCAUCAAGCGCAGCAGCACCGUGCACCACUCCCGCCACCCCACGUGGAACGAAGGGUUUAUUCUCGAGGUGGAGGACCCACAGUCGCAGCAGCUGACCAUACGGCUGAUGGACAGCGAGCGGUUUGAAAAGUCGGAGUUCAUUGGAGCGCACCUGCUGCCGCUCCACACGCUGCUCCCCAACAAGGCACAGGACCUGUGGCUAGACUUGUACGACAAGCCCGAGACUCCUGAGAGUGCGAGCACAGACGGGCGCGUGCAUGUGGUGGUGAUGUAUGUGCCGUACACUCAGCGAGAGGGGGGAGGGAAUGGGGGGAGAGCUGCUGAAGGGAAGGAGGGAGAAAGGAGUGGUGUGGAGGAGGAGCGAAGGGAGAGUGGGGUGCACGCAGGGCAGGGAAGGGCGGACACCAGGGACUCCCCGGAGAGUGCGAGCACACACGGGCGCGUGCACGUGGUGGUGAUGUAUGUGCCGUACACUCAGCGAGAGGGGGGAGGGAAUGGGGGGAGUGCUUCUGAGGGCGAGGAGGGAGGGAGGAGUACCGCAGCUGGGGAGGAUGGGGAAAGGAGUGCUGUGGGGGAGGAGGGGGGAGGGAGUGUGAUGCAGUCAGAGCAGGGAAGGGCGGAGAGCAGAAGUGCAUGUGGUGGUGGUGUACGUGCCGUACACGCCGCGAGAGGGGGGAGGGGGGAGUUUCGUAAAGGGGGAGGGGGGAGUUCCGUAAAGGGGGAGGAGGGAGAAGGGGAGGGUGAUGCAGGCAGAGCAGCGAAGGGCGGGCCGUGCAGGGGAGGAGGCCAGGGAGGGAGGAUUGGUGCUGUGCGGCUUCGGAAUUCAACUACCAGGGAGAACCGCGGAAGACAGCAACCUCAACUUCCUGUAAGCUCCCCCGCGCCCCUGUCUCCCCCCGUGCCUCCCUCCCCCCGCGCCUCUCUCUCCCCGCGCCUCUCCCUCUCUCCUCGCCUCUCCUUCCCGCCGGCCCCCACGCUCCCCUCGCCUCCCCACCCCCUUUUCCCCCGUUUCUCGACCCCUGCGUACCCUCCAUCCCGCCGCCGCCACCGCUGCUGUAUCCGCCACCGUGCCACCCUUAGCUGGUUCCCCCCUUAUCUCCCCUCCCCUACAUCUGCCUUCCCCCCUUCUCUCCCCUCCCCCUCCCUCCCCGAUCUGCCUGACCCUCCCCCCUCGGCUACCUCUCCCCUUCGCCCCUCCUUCUUCCUCCGCCUCUCCUCCCGCUUCCUCCCCUCUGCUUCCCUCUUCCCUCCCUCCCCUGCCCGUCCCCCCAUCCUCCGCCUCCGCCUCCCCUUGUCCCUUUUUCCGCCUGCCCUCCCCCCUUCCCCUUCCAGCACGGACAGCGGCACAGCCAACUUCGGCCACGUGGCAGUGGGACGAGGGGGACUCAGAGUGCCCGAUCAGCAGAAGCAGCAGGACAACUCAUUGCGCCUGGCUGAUCUGAGAAAGAUGGAGCUGCUGGGGAGGGGGGCGAGCGCGGCAGUGUAUCUGGUGCAGCACGUGCACACGGGGCAGCAGUACGCCUUGAAGGACAUGCAGCUGAACAUGGAUGCUGAUGUGCAGAAGCACGUGGGGAAUGAAUUGCGUAUUAAUCACCAGUGCCGCUCGCCGCACGUUGUGCGCUGCUACCAGGCCUUUGUGGACGACGGGCACCUCUUGAUCGUGCUCGAGUACAUGGACGCGGGGUCCCUCGCAGACGUGCUGCAGCUGGUGGGGCGAAUCACGGAGCCGUACCUCGCAGCCAUCUCCCACCAGGCGCUGCAGGGCCUGCGGGACCUGUACGGGGGGCACCGCAUCAUUCACCGCGACAUCAAGCCCAGCAACAUGCUUCUCAACCAGUCGGGAUGCCUCAAGAUCAGCGACUUUGGCGUUAGUCGCGUGCUCGAGAAUAGCUACGAUGUCGGGAACACGUUCGCUGGCACGUACACGUACAUGUCGCCUGAGCGCAUAAUGGGCAAGUCCUAUUCGCACAACAGCGACGUCUGGGCGUUCGGUCUCAGCCUACUGGAGUGUGCCAUCGGCCAGUACCCCUACCGCCCCGCCUCUGGAGGCGCGUUCAACUACUUCGACCUUCUCUCUGAAAUUUCCAACUCGCCUGCUCCCAUUGCUCCGCCGGACUUCUUCUCGCCGCAGUUCUGCGACUUUGUGGCACUCUGUCUCCAGAAGGACCCCAGCCAGCGGCCAUCAGCGGAGCAGCUUCUUAACCAUCCGUUCAUCCACUUACAUCCUGACGUCAGCCUAAAACCACUUGUGAGCAGCGACUGA